AUGCCCUUUAAAUGGAGAUUAAAGAAAACAAAACGCUAUGAGAUUUCGACAAAGAACGCUUUCAUCGUUGGUGUAUACCUACUGGAUAAUUCUUUCUUGGAAUGUACUUUAACAGCAGACAGUACUGGUAAGGAGUGUUUGGAUAGUAUUGGUCAAAGAAUUGAACUCACAGAGACACAUUACUUUGGAUUACGUUAUGUGACAAAGAAACUCCAUUUCCACUGGGUGGAUUUAGAUCGUCCAUUGAAGAAACAACUAGAUAAACAGGCUCAGAGCUCCUGUCAUCCGCCAUGUUUAUAUUUUGGUGUACAGUUUUAUGUUGCUAGUGCACACAGAAUAGUUGAUGAAGUCGCAAGGUAA